CUGAGUGAGAGAGCGAGUGUGAGUGAAACUGUCAUUAACAUUACAUGACCUGAUGGUAAAGACUUCCUGCCUGUUAGUGUCAUACUGCAUUCAAAAAUAUUCUGACUGGAAUGUGUAUGAGCAUUUAUAAUUAUUAAGAGAGAAAAUUCUCAUCCCUGUUUGUCUGUCUGUAUUUCAUUCAGAAACUAAUUUUAAGUCAGGAAGCUUUUAUUGUAAUUUAUUAAAAUGAGACAACGUUUCUCCAGGACCAUGUGCUACAUAAAACAAAGACAGAGCUACAAAGCUCUCAAGUUUUGAAGACAGGCAAAAGUGACAUCUCCAACCACCCCCACCACCACUGGCCUAGACUACUUGUUCUGAGCAGGUUGUCAGUGAACAGGCUGUAAAACUGUUACAGUUACAGACACUCAUGAAAAACUGAUGCUGAUUAUCUGGGAAACUUUCUCUAACUGCAGUCAAAAUGUCAUUGUUUGUGUCAAACAAGUUGUGAAUUUGUUGUAACAUUAAAACAGGAGAUCAUGAUUUACUCUGUGCUCAAAGUGAUGCUCGCAGCUCCAGUGGUUUUCUCUGUGAGUAAAUGAGGAUGAUGCUGAACAAUUUCAGGAAAUGUUUUUUUUUUCAUUGGUUGUUGCGUUAAAUCUUACCCAGAUACAAUAGUGCUAUUUUCUGAUUGGCUGUUGUGUAGCCUCUUUUUUUUGAUUGGCUGAUAAGUGGCAGCUCGACUAAGAACUCCAGGGGAGACGCGUUUGAUUUCUGGCCGGUUCCAGAGAGAGGUGCGGACAGAUACAUUUUGGGCGCUGCGGCAUAUUAAAUAUAUGAUAAAUACUUGGACCAAACCUCCUGAACUUCAGCAUUCCACAGUGAAGUUUGAAGACGUUGGCGGUAGUGAAGAAAUUCUGAUGGAGUUGUGUAAAUUACUCAUACACAUGCGUCAUCCAGAAGUGUACCAGCAGCUAGUAGUGAUGCCUCCACGAGGUUUACUUCUUCAUGGACCACCCGGUUGUGGGAAAACCCUCCUGGCUGAAGCUGUUGCUGGGGAAAUGGGGUGGACCAUAUUGAAGGUCUCUGCUCCAGAGCUGAUGUCGGGCAUUGUGGGGGAAUCGGAGCAGAAACUACCUAAGCUGUUUAAGCAAGCUGUGAGCAGUGCUCCCUGUAUUCUGUUCAUUGAUGAGAUUGACGCCAUCGCCCCAAAGAGAGAGGUGGCCUCCGAGGACAUGGAGAGACGAAUUGUUGCUCAGUUACUCACCUGCAUGGAUGACUUGAAUUCCUCACACAACUCAGCUCAGGUGUUGGUUAUUGGAGCCACCAUCCGGCCCGAUGCUUUAGAUCCAGCGUUGAGAAGGGCAGGACGUUUUGACAGACAAAUCUGUCUGGGAAUGCCAGACAAAGUAGUGCGUAUCAAAAUUCUUCGUACUCUUUGUCGGAAGCUGAAGCUGGCAGAAGACGUUGAUUUUGCAGAGCUGGCACGGCUCACACCUGGAUAUGUCGGUGCGGAUCUGAUGGCACUGCGCCGUGAGGCAACCAUGACUGCUGUAAACCGACUCCUGCUGCUGCAGCUCGAAACUGGUAUCAAGUGUCAGAACAUCGAUGAUGUCAGGACCAAGUCCCAGGAUGUAAGCACGUCCAGUGAUGUGGCAGAAGACAGUGGACAGGCUUCAGAUCAUUUAAGUCCAAAACAGGGGGAGCUAGAACAACUGCUGUCUCUGCUGAGAAACAGCGAAUCUCUGAGUGAGGAACAGCUUGCUGAUCUCUGCAUCAACAUGGAUGACUUCAGGGAGGCUUUGGCACGGGUCCAACCAUUUGCCAAGCGUGAAGGUUUCACCACUGUGCCUGAUGUCACCCGGGAUGAUGUCGGUGCACUGCAGGACAUUUGGGAGGAACUCACCAUGGCCAUCUUGGCUCCUGUACGUUUUCCAGAGCAGUUCGAAGCUAUGGGAUUGAGUGCCUCUGCCGGAGUGCUGCUCGCUGGACCUCCAGGCUGUGGAAAGACUCUUCUUGCCAAAGCUGUUGCCAACGAGUCCGGCUUAAAUUUUAUAUCAGUCAAGGGCCCCGAGCUACUGAACAUGUAUGUUGGUGAAAGUGAACGGGCAGUUCGCCAGGUGUUCCAGAGAGCACAAAACGCUGCCCCCUGUGUCAUCUUUUUUGACGAGAUUGAUGCCCUUUGCCCCAGACGUUCUGGCCAUGAGUCAGGAGCCAGUGUACGUGUGGUAAACCAGUUGCUGACCGAGAUGGAUGGGUUGAAGAAGCGUCGCCAAGUUUUUAUCAUGGCUGCCACCAACCGGCCAGAUAUCAUAGAUCCAGAAGUCAUUCGACCGGGCCGCUUGGACAAAGUGUUGUAUGUCGGUUUCCCUCCAGCAGAAGACAGGCACGCAAUAUUGCUCGCUAUUACCAAGGGAGGAACUAAACCUCGCCUGGACUUGGAUGUGAGCUUGAGGGAAAUUGCACAUGACCAGCGCUGCGACGGUUUCACUGGGGCAGACUUGUCAGCACUGGUGAGAGCGGCUUCGGUUGAGGCAUUAAAUGCCCAUCUCCAUAUACCACAUGCAGGGCACACAUUCUCCUCCGGGUCUGUUAAAGACAUUAGAGUCAGCCGGCAGGAUUUUGAGGAGGCUUUUAAGAAGCUGCGGCCGUCCGUCUCCAAAAAGGUGAGUGCACUAAACGCAAGAGUGCCGGAGACAAUAAUACUGUUAUGUAGAUGUCUGAAAAUACACUGUUUAUUCUCCCGGAUAAAUAAGUCAAGAAAAGUGAGCGAGGAAACAGUCCAUACCUUGAGCAGCUUUUAUAGUGUCUGCAGUUUAGUCUGUUUGUUUAGAUGUUUAUCCAAAACAAGUGCAGUUCUGUAACCCAGCAUCAAGUCAGAAGAGCUAAUGAUUCCCCUAAGAGCUCUAUUAGCUUCAAAACCCGUGGCCUUUUGGGAUGUAAGCAGGUGCAUGUGUGUGUUCUUGUAACUCAUGAUGCUUGUCGAGUGCUUCAGUGAACCAGUUUGUCCAGUUACCAGGUGAAUAAGUUGCCAAGACAUUUUCUCUUCUAGACAAAUUUCCCACUCUUCCGUCGCCAGAUGAGUGUCGUAUAGUGAGAUUUUUU